AGUUGAUACAUUUGAAGAAAAUUUGCCUCAGCUAAUUUUGUCAACAAAAUAUUUGGCCGACGAGCAAAGCACAUGAUGUGGUCGUUCUUCUCGCGCGACUCCUCCAAAGACUUCCCCUAUGAUAUCGGUGAACCAGUGGCAGGUUUUGAAAAUCACUCCAUAUGGACUUUGCACAAAGCCAAACGAAAGGGCACCCAAGAGGAAGUAUCGGUAUUUGUGUUUGAUUUACGUAGUGGUUCCGAUGCGAAAUGUGAACUGGCCAAGGCGGCAUUGAAACGACUCAAAACUCUGCGACAUCCAAGUAUAUUGCAAUUUUUGGAUUCGCUGGAGACAGAUAAACUAUUGUAUAUAGCAACAGAAUAUGUUGAACCAUUGGGUUUGCAUAUAGCUAAAUUAUCAGCAGAUGGGCCGCAGAAGGAUUUAUAUUUGGCAUGGGGUAUAUUUCAAAUUACGCGCGCUUUAUCCUUUCUCAACAACGAUGGCAGCUUGAGGCACAACAACGUGUCCGUGUGGUCGGUGUUUGUUAAUUCCUCGGGUGAAUGGAAAUUGGGUAGUUUGGAAUAUGUCUCACCUGCCGAUGGAAAUCCAAUGCCACCUAUUAAAGUACCUCCCUCACUGGAGGUCUAUGAUCCACCGGAAAAGAAUGAUCAAACCAAAUUAAAAGCUGCAACAAAAUGUUCCGCUGAUAUGUGGGGUUUAGGCUGUCUCGUCUGGGAAUCAUUCAAUGGGCCGCUGCGUUCACGUUCCAAUCUCAAAGAUAUUGAUUGUAUACCGAAAUCAUUACAAUCGCUAUAUUGUGAAUUGGUUGGUGCAUCACCCUCAAAUCGUCCGAAUCCGGCUGAUAUUAUAACGCGUUGUCGUAAACCUGGUGGAUUUUUCAAAAAUGAUUUAGUCGAUACACUAUUGUUCCUCGAAGAAAUCCAAAUCAAAGAUAAGGCGGAAAAGAAUCGUUUCUUUUCGGGUUUAACAUUACAUUUGGACAAUUUUCCUGAUAAUGUGUGCAAGCACAAGAUUUUACCACAACUGAUAACGGCCUAUGAAUAUGGUGAUGCUGGUUCGGCUGUGUUGGCGCCAAUGUUUAAGCUUGGUAAACUUUUGGAUGAAGCUGAAUAUCAAAAGCGAAUUGUUCCCUGUGUUGUCAAGCUGUUUGGCUCAACGGAUCGUGUAACCCGUUCCAGAUUACUGCAACAACUUGAACUGUUUAUUGCCCAUCUGCAGCCACAAGUGGUAAAUGAUCAAAUUUUCCCCCAGGUUGCACAUGGAUUUCUGGAUACAAAUGCCACCAUAAGGGAACAGACUGUUAAAUCCAUCAUCCACUUGGCUCCCAAAUUAAAUUAUAAUAAUUUAAAUGUGGAAGUAUUGAGGCAUUUUGCCCGUCUGCAGGCCCGCGAUGAUCAGGGUGGAAUACGUACAAAUACCACCGUUUGUUUGGGUAAAAUUGCACCGCAUCUACAUCCGCAGGUGCGACAGCGAGUUUUAGUAUCAGCUUUUAUACGCGCCAUGCGUGAUCCUUUUCCUCCCGCCAGGGUAGCCGGUGUAUUAGCUUUAGCCGCCACCCAACAAUACUUCUUGCUAAAUGAAGUUGCAAAUCGUGUCUUACCUGCAUUGUGUUCGCUUACAAUUGAUCCUGAAAAAAGUGUACGCGAUCCAGCCUUUAAAACAAUUCGAGGGUUUUUGGGUAAAUUGGAAAAAGUUUCUGAAGAUCCAAGCCUGAGAGAGACAAUGGAGGCUGAUGUUCACACAGCCACACCAUCAAUUGGUAAUGCUGCUGCCACAUGGGCUGGCUGGGCUGUAACAGCUGUUACAUCCAAGUUCUAUCGUAGUCAAAGUGAUUCCUCAAGACCUAGACCACCAUUGACAGGCCGCAAUUUAUCAAAACCUGCAUCGUUAGAACAACCAUCAAGCAGCAGUUUAUCAACAACCACCUCGUCUGUAACGUCCAUGACUUCAUUGGAACAUGAAAGCAAUGAUACAUCUGCAUCGGCAUCCGAUUAUGGCAACAAUGAUUGGGACAAUGAAAAUUGGGGUGAAAUGGACACAUCACAGGAUCCUAGUUCACCAAUGGCUGGUUCACCCAAUAAUGGCCCACUGUCGGUAAAUACAGCGUUAGCGGAUGUUCGAGAUGGUUGGGAUAAUGAAGAAUGGGGUAGUCUGGAAGAAGAUCCGGGCGAAGAAGAAGCCCAGGAACAAGAACAACAACAAAUGCAAUUACGACAAUCACCGAUACGACCACACCAACAACAAUUACAACAACAUCAAUUGAAUGAACUAAUUGAACCAUUGGCAAAACUCAAUUCACACAAUACAUCACCGUCGAAAUCAACACUCGGCUCCACAUCACUCUCCUCAAGUUUACGACCAAAAGAUUUAUCCGCAAAUUUAUCGUCGGCUAGCAAUACGACAACAUCGCCAACACCAUUCCUCAAUUGUAAUAAUAUUAGUCCGCCACAACAGAAAUCACCGCAUCAUCUAAACAAUUCAACGAAUAGUAAUGCCAAUUGGAAUAGUGAUUCAUGGGCAGAUGGUGAAUUUGAACCAAUUGACGAACCUUUGACAGGCAAUCCCAAACUUGAUGAAGCCCGAAGAAAACGUGAAGAAAAGAAAUUACAGCGUCAACGGGAACUUGAGGCGAGACGAGCUCAACGCAACAGUGGUCCAAUGAAAUUGGGCGCUAAAAAGCUUUAAAAUACCGA